AUGGACACAUACGAUUCCAAGUCUAAGUCAUCACAUCUCGAAGAUGUCUCCAGCACUCAGGAGGAGCUAGGCCAAGGGGAGUCGACAGGCCAGGAACUCACAGCAUGGCAAUGUCUCGCACAGAACCCGUGGGUUAUCCUCUACUGUCUCUAUGGUAAUCUGGGAGCCUUGAUGUAUGGGUUCGAUAACCUGGUCUUGUCGCUGGCGCUCUCGAUGUCUGGAUUUGACAAGCAGUAUGGACAACUGGUGGGCUCAACAUAUGUCAUCCCGGCGUAUUGGCAGUCACUGUGGAAUGCCUUGUCCCAAGUAGCCACGAUGUUCGGAGCGACUGCUGCUGGACCGGUGCAGGAUUACUUUGGUCGACGCGCUGGGUUCUUGCUAGGCGCUAUCUUCUCUGCAGCAGGCGUAGCCAUUGUGUACACUUCAUCGACCCCAGGGGUAUUCCUUGCUGGAAAGAUUGUCAACGGCUUGUCCCUGGGGCUCUGCUUGACAGCUGGUCAAACCUAUAUCUCUGAGGUGACGCCGCUUCCGAUACGUGGCAUUGCUUUGUCAAUCUUCACGUUCUGCAUGAAUCUCGGAUACAUGAUUGCUGCGUCGGUUGCACUCCCUCGGAUGUCGAUGCAGUCCGCAGCAGCAUAUAAGGUAGGACCCCGUCGAGAUCCCCAAGAAUCGAAAAGUUUGGUCGUUGUACAGGCACUGACCUUUCUCUGCCAGGUUCUCUUUGCUGCUGCCUGGGUAUGGCCUGGUGUCGUUCUCGUCUUCCUUCCUCUACUCCCAGAAUCGCCGUACUACCUUGUGAUGAAAGAUCGUCUCGAGAAAGCACGGAAAUCUCUUCAACGAUUGGGCAAUAAACCCUCACAGGUCACCGCAAUGCUGGAUCAAAUUGUUAGAGUGAACGAGGAAGAGAAACUGCGUACGGCAGCCUCCAAAGACUCCAGUUUUCUCGAGUGCUUCCGGGGCACCAACUGGCGCCGCACCAGAAUCAUCCUCCUCUGCAAUGCCUUGUCCCAAGUGAUUGGAGCCAGUUUCAUGUCAAAUGGCCCGUACUUCCUUGUUCAGGCUGGAAUGUCCUCGUCGAAGACCGGCAUGAUGACAGAAAUUGGUAUUGCCUUUGGUCUUGCCAGUUCGAUUAUCACGGCAUACCUCAUGACCAAAUGCGGCCGGCGACGGUUGAUUAUUUUCGGCAUCUCUUUGUCAACAGCCCUGUUUACCGUGAUGGGAAUCGCGGGCUGCUUCCCCAACUCCAGUACUGCACUAUGGGUUGUUGGUAUCUUCCUCCAGCUCUCUUGGUGGGUAUACGGUCCCGCCAUCGGACCAGCCAUGUCUGUGGCAGGAGAAGUUUCUGCCGUACGACUUCGCGCCAAAUCUAUGGCCAUUGGCUUCACUUUCAAUUACUUCUUCUCAACGAUUUGGAACGUUGUCAUUCCCUAUCUGUAUAACUCGGAUGAGGCUAAUUUAGGCGGCAAGAUCGGGUGGAUUUACGCCUUUAUGGGUGCAGUUACAUUGCUCAUCAUCUUUUUUGAGAUCCCAGAGACCAAAGGCCGGUCCUUUGAAGAGCUGGAUGAGAUGUUCAAUGAGAAAGUCAGCACGCGUGCCUUCCGAACCUACCGGUGCUCCAUCCCUCAACAGCUGCAGAAGCUGGGGGAUGAAUGA